GUGUAGAAGGUUGGAAAAUUCACACAUGAAAUCGCGGGAUGAUUGAAAACAACGAUUAUUCCACAUUUUCUAUUCCUUGCCAUGAUAUUGCAAAUGUUGUAGAAUUUGCACCUUAUGAAUGGUGUCCUACUUUGCUCGCAGUAGGAACAAAUUCAAGAGUAUCUAUUUACCAAUGCGUUUUUGACCAGGAGAAAGAAGAACCAGAUGGGGAAGAUUUUGAAUGGAGGUCAAUAUUUGAUUUUCAAAAUGGUUUUCGUGUCACAGCUAUAUCCUGGUGUCCAGAAACAACAUUUCUGACCAGAGAAAAGGAAGAUUUCAUCAGAUUUGCAAUUGGUGGAAGUGACAAGAAAAUAAAGAUAGUCUCUGCAAAUUUGAAAGGAGACAAUACUUGUCAGAUUUGUGAAGGUCACACUGACUUCAUUAACUCAAUAGCCUACAUACCUGACACAGCAGGGGAACUGGUAUCAACUGGUGAUGACAAUACCUUAAGACUGUGGAACAAGGAAGGGGAACAGCAGGGAUGUUUCCAGUUAUCUGCCCCUGGAAUGUCUGUUUGUGUACAUGAAAGAGAACCAGGAAAGGUUAUAGUUGCUCAGAAGAAUGGUAUAAUCAAAGUAUUCAGCUUAGCCUUACAGAGACAGAUUAUGUCCCUUGAUUGUUGCCAAGCACCAUUGAUGUCAGCUGACUGGAGUUAUAUGAAUGAAGAUUAUGUUGUUGCUGCAUGUGGCACUGAAUGGCUAAUAUUUCAAAUGUCUAGGUCAAGUCAGCCAUUAGAGAGGAGACAGGCACACACUGAGGGUUGUAAGCAUGUUAAAUGGGCAAGGAACCAGCAGACAUUACUGGCUACAUCAGGGAGACCAGGAAGACAAAUCAAAGUAUUCAGUACCAGACAUCAUCAGAUGCCAUUAAGUACAACACUGCAAGUAGCCUAUGGUAUGAGCUGGCAUCAGAGAAUACCAGCAUUAGCAGUUGGUGGAGACAAACAGGUGCAUGUGUACUUACUACAGACUGCCAGAUCACAACCAAGCUGACAGUGAAAUUGCCAGAGUAGCAGAUAUUCUAUAAAAGAACAAAAAUAGAGAUAGAAAAGUGACUAUGAAGUCUUGAAGAAAAUAUUUAUUAUCAAAAUAAAUAUUUAAAACACCA